GCCUUUUGGUGCACCAACGACGUCACGAGAAAUCAUGGCCGAAUUUGGGAAAGAGAAAAAUUGGACUUGGACAACCUCUUCUCUCCUCCCUUUACUCUCUUCCUCUCUCACUCUCACACCGCUGUCUGUCAAUUCGUUCUUUCUUUUGCGAACCUCUCCUUCCUUUCCCUUGAGGUGAUAGGAUCAUCUUUGAUCGACUACUCCCUACGAUUCAUAGCGCGCGGGCGGGUCCUGCAAUUCCGCCGUUGAUUGAAUGAUCUGAUCAACCUAAAUCCAUGAUGCGCCCCAAACCUAUGUCUUCCCUCCAGAAGACCUACGAUGAUUGCUACUUGAUGUGCUCCACAGCCGUCUACUUUGAAGGACAGAACAAUGAAGUUGAAGCAUUGAAGUCUUGGCGCUCCGCUCUUGAGACCAUCUACUAUCAUAAUGCCUAUCGGGUUCCCUCCAAGUACUCCCCCAAGAACGAAACGGAGAAGGCCCUCCAGGAUUCCAUCCGCCAGUUAGAGCUCCAAUGUCGGGAGCGUGUCGAUCUACUUGAAGCCCUGCGUGAGAGCAGAAAGGACUCGUCAGGAAAGCCGCCGCCUCCGCUUCCGGGUCAUCGUGGCUGGAUUGGCGAGGGAACCGUCCCCGCGGUCGGAUAUACCGACCUGUCCAAACCGCCCACGAUCCCCGGACGCCCACCACCCCCUGUCAGCAGGACGAGCUCGGAGUCAGUUAGGAAUGAAUCAAACUCCUCAACCUCAAUGGCGAGUCGUCCGGUAUUGCACAAGACGCAUUCUUCUUCCGCCAAGACUACUUCAUCCCGCACCUCCAGCCCUGAGCGUCGGAAGAUGAUGCCGUCUACACUACGCACGUCCGAUUUGAAGAAACCCGUCAAGAAGAAAACCAGCCCGCGACGGAAAGAUCUGCGGCCGGCCGCAGCAUCUCAAGCCGCGGGCCUGGCCUGGGGCAAUCUGUAUCGCGCUCCGUCGUCAGAGAAGACCGUCAGCGAUGCAGCUCUGGCGUCCUCCCGUUUGACUGCCGCCAAUGAUCCCAGUUUCCGAAAGGACCCAGGACCACCCCGGUCGAAGUCGGGCGACGGGAUACCCCCCCGGAGAAGCGUACCCCCAGAAGACUCCGGUGAAGACCGUCGCGCCGGGCGGAAACCUCGCGUAUCUAGUCAGACGCCGCGACGGUCGCCGGCGAAGUCAACUCCCGCUCCAACUUCAACCCCGACAUCCAUGCCUCGCUCUCCGGCUGGAACCCGGCAGCAGGAGACUAGUCGCGCCCAUUCCGCGUCCGUCUCGUCGGGCUCUAGGGAUACCAUUCAGCCACGUGCCUCUCCGAAGCCUUCGGUCAAACCUAAGCCGGUCGCAUUGAGGUCAUCAUACCAGCCGCCGACGCCUUCCGCAGGGGCAGCGGGAGUAAAUGAUGCUUCCAACACACCGAGGGUGAAAUCCACCAGCACGCCGCGCAAAAUGACUCCCGCUUCCACGGGGGACGAUGCGCUAAGCGAUAAUAUGGACCGCAUGGCAGUUUCCCGUACAAGCCCGGAAAGGCGCUCUAUCCCACGCAUCAGGCGUACUAUUACCCCACUAUCCUCCAGCGAUCCCGAAUCCCUCGGUCCCAAGUCCACCGAUGCAGAUGAGGACGAAGCCGAAAUCGAGAAGGAUGACGCGGUUUUGGAUAUCUUGAACAAGCUCCCGAAAGGGAUAGAUGUGCCAACCGCCCGGCAGAUCCUCAAUGAUAUUGUAGUCCGUGGGGAUGAAGUACACUGGGACGAUAUUGCAGGUUUAGAUGGGGCUAAGAAGGCCCUCAAGGAAGCCGUCGUCUACCCGUUUUUGCGUCCAGACCUUUUCUCCGGUCUACGAGAGCCAGCUCGGGGAAUGCUCCUGUUCGGACCUCCAGGGACAGGCAAGACCAUGCUUGCGCGGGCCGUCGCGACGGAAUCUAAAUCCACCUUUUUCUCGGUUUCCGCAUCAACGUUGACCUCCAAAUGGCACGGGGAGAGCGAAAAGCUCGUCCGCGCGUUGUUCGGCCUGGCCAAGGCGCUGGCGCCGUCGAUUAUCUUCGUGGACGAGAUCGACUCGUUACUAUCCGCUCGCUCGUCCGGUACUGAGAACGAAGCGUCCCGACGCUCGAAGACCGAGUUCCUGAUCCAAUGGUCGGACCUGCAGCGCGCAGCAGCAGGCCGUGAAUCACCGGGCCGUGACAAGAAGACGGGCGGCGACGCCAGCCGGGUCCUCGUCCUAGCGGCCACCAACAUGCCCUGGGACAUCGAUGAGGCCGCGCGCCGUCGCUUUGUCCGCCGGCAAUAUAUCCCCCUCCCAGAGCAUCAUGUCCGCGAACAACAACUUCGGACGUUGCUAAGUCACCAGGUGCACGACUUGACCGAUCGAGAUAUCGAAACCUUAGUUCAGCUUACAGAGGGUUUCUCAGGCUCCGACAUCACAGCCCUCGCCAAAGACGCCGCAAUGGGCCCCCUCCGCAACCUCGGCGAAGCUCUCCUUCACACCCCCAUGGACCAAAUCCGCGCCAUCCGCUUCCAAGACUUCGAAGCCAGUCUCUCGUCCAUCCGACCCAGCGUCAGCCGGGAAGGAUUACAAGAAUACGAAGAAUGGGCCCGGCAAUUCGGCGAGCGAGGCGGAUAAUUUUCUCCCCCUAUCCCCUAUCAGACUUUAUAUACUUUUUUUCUUUUCUUUUCUUUUCUUCCUUUGAAUGAUUCACGUCAUGGACCGGUGCAUUCGGGGGUCAAACAGUGUUUUUAGUAUAG